AUGGCGGAGCACUUAGCUUCAAUUUUCGGUACCGAGAAAGACCGAGUUAAUUGUCCUUUCUACUUCAAGAUUGGGGCAUGCCGUCACGGCGAUCGCUGCUCGCGCCUCCACAAUCGCCCCACUAUCUCUCCCACUCUAUUAUUAUCCAACAUGUACCAGCGCCCUGACAUGAUUACUCCUGGUGUCGAUGCUCAAGGUCAGCCACUUGACCCACACAAGAUCCAGGAACAUUUUGAAGAAUUUUAUGAGGAUAUUUUCGAAGAACUCGGCAAAUUUGGUGAGAUCGAGAGCCUUAAUGUUUGUGAUAAUCUCGCCGAUCACAUGAUCGGUAACGUUUAUGUUCAGUUCAAGGAGGAGGACCAAGCUGCUGCCGCUUUGCAAGCUCUUCAGGGACGAUUUUACUCUGGUCGCCCUAUUAUUGCUGAUUUCUCUCCUGUCACUGAUUUUCGUGAAGCUACCUGCAGACAGUUUGAGGAGAAUAACUGCAACCGUGGUGGUUAUUGUAAUUUUAUGCAUGUGAAACUGAUUGGGAGGGAUUUGCGGAGAAAGUUGUUUGGAAGAUAUCGUGGAUAUAGGGUUAGUAGGAGUAGAAGUAGGAGUGUGAGUCCGAGGAGGAGGGAUAGAGAUUAUGAUAGACGCGAGAAGGAUUACAGAGACCGUGAUUAUCGUGGAAAUGGGAGGAGGCAUGACAAGUAUGACAGAGAGGGAGGAAGGAAAAGACACGGGAGUCCGAGGAGGAGCAGGACCAGGAGCAGGAGCCCAGUCAGGGGUGGCAGCGAGGAACGAAGGGCUAGGAUUGAGCAGUGGAAUAGAGAGAGGGAGGAGAAACAGUAA